AUGGCCAACAACGCCAACACCAAGCAGCAGCCCCCGGUGGCGGCUAAGAAUGGCGAGGCGGACGAGCAGCAGCUGGAGGACAUGCUCUACCGGUUGGACCAGCUGAGGCAGCUUCGCUCGGCGCUUCCGCGCAUGUUGGAGCCGCUUAUGGUCAAACAACCGUCGCCCCAAGCUGCCUUUGCCGCCUACAUGCAAUCCGUCGAGGGCACCCACAAGGAGGUGUCAAGUUUUCAGGAGGCGAUUGUUCGCCUGCAGACUGACGGCGUCCUCAACAGGGCACGUACCGCCCCGAAGAAUGGAAAGGGCCUCAAGCAGUGGCGCGCCACUGAACACCCCGACUGGGCUGAUUCGGAUCGAAAACGACGUCGGAUUUCUGAGAAUGGUAACUAA